UUCCCUUUCUCCCAUUGGCUGGCACUAACCCAUCUCCCACGAGGUCUUCAUUGCCCAACGGAAUCUCUCUCUCUCUCUCUCUCUUCAGUACUCCUCCAUUGCCAAACCUUCAACUAAAACUCAACACCAAAAACCCAUCACACAAACCAACCUUCCAUAUUUUCAUCUCUCAACUUUCUCAUUUCAUCCGAUUCAUAAUUCAUUUCAUCCACCAUCACACUCCAUUGAAUUCCAUUCCAUUGGAGCUCACACUUUGUGCCCCACCCUUCCACUCGCUUGCUUUUUCAGAAUAUUUUGUUGCUGAAGAAGUUUUGGACAUUGUUGGAUGUGAAUGGAUUUGUUAGUGGGGGCUGAGGGAUAAAAGCUACAGUGGUGAACAGUGAGGAACAUACAUAAUAUAUAUAUAUAUAUAUAUAUUUAUAUAAUCAAAUAUGGCUCCAGCUAACAAGGCGGACAAGAAGGCAACGCUAGAUGCAGCGGCAUGGUCGUUCAAUAUUGUCACUUCUGUUGGAAUAAUAAUUGUCAAUAAAGCUCUAAUGGCUUCUUAUGGCUUCAGUUUUGCUACAACGUUAACCGGUAUGCAUUUUGCUACUACAACUCUGAUGACACUUGUUCUUAGAGGGUUAGGAUACAUCCAACCAUCUCAUUUACCCCUUCCAGAGCUUCUGAAAUUUGUUCUCUUUGCAAACUUCUCUAUUGUUGGAAUGAAUGUUAGUCUGAUGUGGAAUUCUGUGGGAUUCUAUCAGAUUGCAAAGCUCAGUAUGAUCCCGGUUUCCUGUUUAUUGGAAGUUCUUCUUGACAAGAUCCGUUAUUCAAGAGACACAAAGCUAAGCAUAUUAAUUGUUCUGUUGGGUGUUGGUGUUUGUACUGUCACUGAUGUGAGUGUCAAUACCAAAGGAUUUGUUGCUGCCUUUGUUGCAGUUUGGAGUACUUCUCUACAACAGUAUUACGUACACUACCUUCAACGGAAAUAUUCACUCGGUUCUUUCAACCUCUUGGGACAUACCGCCCCAGCCCAGGCUGCAUCACUUUUGGUACUAGGCCCCUUCCUCGACUAUUGGUUGACAGGCAAAAGAGUCGAUGCCUAUAACUAUAACUUUGCUUCUCUGAUGUUUAUAUUUAUGUCUUGCACAAUAGCAGUAGGAACCAACCUCAGCCAGUUCAUCUGCAUUGGAAGAUUUACAGCAGUGUCUUUCCAAGUUCUUGGUCACAUGAAAACAAUCCUUGUUUUGAUCAUGGGAUUCUUCUUCUUCGGAAAAGAGGGUCUAAAUCUACAAGUUGUUCUUGGCAUGGUUAUAGCUGUAUGUGGAAUGAUUUGGUAUGGUAAUGCCUCAUCCAAACCCGGUGGGAAAGAACGCAGGAGCCUUUCUAUUCCCAUAAGCAAACAACAAAAACACGGUAUGGAUUCUACUGAACUCGACGGGAAAGUCUAAAGUGUGUGUGUUCGUCUAGGAUAUAAACAUAGAAAUUGUUGAUUCCAGGAGGAAAUUUCUAAGUGAUCCAAGGUUAGGAAAAACAAAAAAACAAAAUUCAAAAAAAAAAAAAAAAAGAAAAACAACCCCAUUACUUUGAUUUGUUUCAUCCUUGUUUUGUAGUUUCCAUAUAUUAGCCAAGGGUAUUUAAUCCCUUCUUUGGGGGAUUGGAUACAUCACAGGAUAGGGGAAAUUUUCAUUAUUAAAUUUUUAACAUAUUUUUUGGUCACAUGAUCAUAAUUAUAGUAAUUAUUUUUCAGCCUUUUUUGAUUUUUGACUGAACCACGUUUUAUAUAUAAUUUGUCAUGCAAUUCUGGGCUGGCUUCUCAGUAUUAUUAUUUACAAUUGUAUGCAACUUCAUAGAAGUGACUAUCCAACAAGAAUUAAUAUAUAUUUAUUUGCCAU